AUGAUUCACGGCCCGUGUGUUCUGGGCAAUCAAAACUCUCCAUGCAUGAAGGACGGGAUUUGCACGAAGCGAUUUCCAAAGAGUUUUGUCAACCGUACUGAGGCCAAUGCAAAUGGUUAUCCGGUGUACAAAAGAAGAGAAAAUGGGAGGACCGUGGUUAAUAAGAAAACAUAUCUCGACAAUGGUUUCGUCGUGCGUUAUAACCGUGCUCUACUGAAAAAUUACAGAGCACACAUUAAUGUCGAGUUGUGCAACCAGAAUAAGUCGAUAAAGUAUUUAUUCAAGUACGUCAACAAAGGACACGAUUGGGUCUGGGCGACAUUUUAUCAAUCAAAUAAUCCAGGUGCAACUCCUGAAAGUCGCGAUGAGAUAAAGAUGUACUACGACUGCAGAUAUCUUUCGGCAUGCGAUGCUGUUGGAGAUAAUGACUCAUUAGUUGAUGUGCUGAACAGACCGACUGCGAAGCAAACGAUCUGGUUCCAAGCGAAUAAGUGUUACCAUGAAGCUAGAAAUUUGAGGUAUGGAGAGUUUCCACAGAAAUUUGUCUAUAAGGAAAAUGCUCGCUGUUGGAUGCCGAGAAAGAUAGGAUUCUCGAUCGGAAGGGUUACCAAUGUACCGCCGGGCAGGGGUGAAGACUAUUACUUGAGACUGUUGUUGAACUUUCAAAGAGGUUGCACGUGUUACGAUGAUCUUAGGAAAGUCGAGGAUCACGUCUACCCAACUUUCAAAGAUGCGUGCUUUGCGCUUGGACUACUAGAUGACGACAAGGAGUACAUAGCUGGCAUAAAGGAGGCAAAUAAUAUGAGCAGACCGGAACAUGUGUGGGAGUGUUGCUGGAAAGAAUUCGUCGAGGAUAUUGCGUACAGACUGCAACAACGUCGUACCAAUUCAGGUCCACAUGUGUCAGACGACACUCUAAGAAACUACGCUUUGAUCGAAAUAGAAAAUAUAUUGCAAUGCAACAGCACAAGCCUGAGUAACUUUCCCCCUGCCGAUUCCAAUUGGGUCGAUGACGGAUGGCACGAGAAUAAAUACCUUUCAUCCAUUACUGAUGAGCAGAAAAAAGUGUUCGAUGAUAUCAUGGAUGCUGUUACAAAUGACAGAGGUGAACUGUUCUUUCUUUAUGGGCAUGGAGGAACGGGAAAGACUUUCAUAUGGAAAACUCUAUCGGCUGCUAUCCGUUCAAAAGGCGAAAUAGUUAUAAAUGUUGCUUCCAGUGGUAUUGCUUCACUUCUACUUCCAGGUGGCAGAACUGCUCAUUCCAGAUUAGGACUGCCAAUAAUUGUACAUGAGAGCUCCACAUGCAGCAUCAAACAACAGAGCCCACAGGCAGAAUUGUUGUCUAGAGCAAAGCUUAUCAUAUGGGAUGAGGCACCGAUGAUGCACAGGUACUGUUUCGAAGCACUCGACAAAACAAUGAAAUCUAUACUUGAUUCAGAUAUGCCAUUCGGAGACAAGGUUGUAGUGCUUGGAGGGGGCUUUCUGCAAAUUCUGCCAGUUGUGUUGAAAGCGUCGAGACAAGACACUGUUCAUGCUACAAUGAAUUCAUCACCGUUGUGGAGACAAUGCAAGGUUAUGAAGUUAAACAAGAACAUGAGACUUCAGUCCUCCUCCUCUUCCGCCAAUGCGGAUGAAAUAAGAGAAUUUACGGACUGGAUAUUGAGAAUCCGCAAUGAUGAUGCUGGCGAGAUAAAUGACGGUGAUGCCACAAUUGAAAUUCCCGAUGACAUGCUGAUUCGGAAUUCUGCAGAUCCCUUUUUGGAUCUUAUAGAGUUUGUGUAUCCCGAUCUGGUGACCAACCUUUUCACUCCUGAGUAUUUCGAAGGCAGAGCAAUCCUUGCAUCCACUAAUGAAAGUGUUGGUUUUGUGAACGAUCAUUUUUUGUCGAUCAUAACUGGAGAGGAGAAGGUCUAUUUCAGCUCAGGUAGUACGUGCAAGGAGGAGUUGUUGUCGGAUGUCAACGCAGAAAUAUACUCACUGGAGUUUCUCAACACCAUAUCAUGUUCCGAAAUUCCACCGCAUAAGUUGACAUUGAAAAGAGGUGUUCCCGUUAUGCUCAUCAGAAAUAUCGAUCAUGCCAGAGGAUUGUGCAAUGGAACAAGGCUUCAUAUUAUUAAUAUGGGAAAACAAGUUCUCAACUGCAUGAUCCUAUCCGGUAAACAUGUUGGUGAUGUGGUGUUCAUUCCUAGAAUGACAUUGGUACCGUCCAACUCUACAUUGCCUAUCAAUUCCAGCGACGUCAGUUUCCGCUGA